AUGACAUUCCGUUCUCCACGAUCUUCAAUAGCCAUAGCUAUCUGCACAGUAGCCACGCUGCUCAUGAGCCUGCCCGCCGGCGCCGCCACAUUCACCGAGGGCAAAGUCUGGUACUCAUCCUCCGUCGGCGUGCUAGGCUGCAAGGUUGAUACAAACAGAAUAGCCUACUGGCCUGGACAUGUCGACUGCGACAAAAUCUGCAUAAAGCUGAGCCACGAGGGUAGGACACUCCGCCUCCUCCACAUCGACUCGUCCGAGAGCGCCUACGAUGUCUCGUACGACGCGUGGAACUACCUCAUGACGGGCGAAGGGGCCAGGGAGAGCCCUACCGCGGGGGGCGCUGUAGCGAUGAAAUACCGAGAAGCGGCGGCAGAUGAAUGUCGGGACCUGCUCCAUACACCUGGGAGCAAGCUACCGCUUAGCGCAUCAAACAGUAUGACCUACUUGGUUAACUGUUUGGAGAAGUCGGAUAGCUGGGUUGCCAAAAAUUAUCUGCUGUAUAACGUGCUAGACUCCCUCUGUGCAUGGGGUAACGACGAAACGUGCAACCUUGACUGGCCUGCUGAGAACCAAGCGAAAUGCAGAUCAGGGCUGGGCACGCCCUCAGUGCUGAAUGAGCAGGUCUACAACAUCGAGUACCCGACCGGUAGGGUUGUAUCGGCCUCUACGGGGCAGGUUGUCGACAGCAUGCUGGAUACCGCUGGCCGAUCAGGCUCUCAAGUAGAUAACAACUAG